AUUUGAAGCGUUUCCUUUUCCUGGCAAGCUGGCAUCAUAACCACUGAUUCAGUCAAGUUUUCGGCUGUAAUUCGCAUUGUCUUACCCGUGUGAAGUGUCAACGUAGCGCUUCUAUUCCUCGCGGAUUCACAAUAAUCUUCACAAAGGAUCUUUUUGCAAUUCUUCAAGGAAGAAAAUGAGUUGGGAUAGCUACAUCGAUAACUUGAUCGCCCAGACCAAAGAUGGUGCUGGAGCAGCACAUGCAGAUAGGGCAUGUAUUAUUGGCUUGGAUGGAGGAGCAGCAUGGACUACUGCAGGACACGCAAGUGCUUUAAAGCUUACAGGAAAUGAAGGCCCCAACAUUGCAAAAUGCCUUAAGAGCAAGGAUUUCACUGCAUUCCAGGCGGGUGGCAUCCAUGCGGAAGGUGUAAAAUACCAAUUUUUAAGACAAGAGGAUGACAAAAUAGUUUUUGGAAAGAAGAAAGAUCAUGGCGCUAUUACGAUGCAAGCCAGCAAAACCGCCAUUGUGAUUGGCCAUACCAUUGAGGGCUGUCAACAGGGAAACACAAAUAAAGGAGUUGCAGUUAUCGCUGAAUACUUAGAAGGCUUGGGAAUGUGAUGGAAGACAUUUUGAACAAUAGUAUUUGUUUACCGAAUUUGAUUCUUUCACACAGGAUAUUUGACAAUUUGUAAAUGAUCCUGCAUUGAUGGAUUGUUAUGUUUUUUCUAGUAUGAUUUAACAAAUGUAUAAAAUUGGACUUCAUAAAAUUUCUGCAUAGUAACUUCUGCAAAGAUGUAUUUAGGCAUCCGCUUACUGUUUUAGGUUUAAAAUUCACCAGGACAAAUUGGCUUUGUUGCGAGGGCUUUCUGUUCAAGACGCUCUGCAAAUGUUUUAGACUAAUGUUUUAAGAGAGCUUGAUCAAAAACAGAGCCCUGUAAUUUUGAUAAAUAAAAAACAUCGUUUAAAAUGU